AUGACCAGGACUGGCCACACAGCUGCUGUAGGCUCUGGAUGCCACAAGGAAGUUAUAGAGCAGAUGCAUUUAAAGGGGAAUUACACUGCAGGAAAUGCACAAGGAGGGCAGCACCUGGAGUAAGUGGAUCUGGUGUAAUUCCCCACUCAACUUAUGACAGUGACAGCAGCUCUUUCUCCAAGAGGCAGAAGAAUGAAGUAAAGACGCUAUUGCAGCCCUCAAGAUGAACUCCACCUUGGAAGGGAAUCAGAGCAGCCCUCCUUUUUGCCUUCUGGCAGUUAACUAUUUGGAGACUAUCAAUUUUUGUCUCUUGGAAGUAAUGAUCAUUAUUUUUUUAACUGUGCUGAUCAUUUCAGGCAACGUCAUUGUGAUUUUUGUUUUCCAUUGUGCCCCUUUACUAAACCACCACACUACAAGCUAUUUUAUCCAGACUAUGGCAUAUGCUGACCUUUUGGUAGGAGUGAGCUGCCUGGUCCCUUCCUUAUCAUUACUGCAUUAUCCCCUUCCGUUGGAGGAGUCCUUGACCUGCCAAGUAUUUGGCUAUGUGGUGUCAGUGCUGAAGAGCGUCUCUAUGACUUCUCUGGCCUGCAUCAGUAUUGACAGGUACAUAGCAAUCACCAAACCUUUGACCUACAACACAUUAGUCACACCCUGGAGACUCCGAAUUUGUAUCUUGGUGAUUUGGUUCUAUUCUACCUUGGUUUUCCUGCCUUCUUUCUUUCACUGGGGUAAACCUGGAUAUCAUGGAGAUGUGUUUCAGUGGUGUGCCGAAUCCUGGCCCACUGACCCAUACUUUAGCCUCUUCAUUGUGUUGAUGCUCUAUGCCCCUGCAGCUUUCGUGGUGUGCUUUACCUACUUCAACAUUUUCCGCAUCUGCCAGCAGCACACUAAGGAGAUUAGUGAAAGGCGGGCCCGUUUCAGUAGCCAGAGCGGAGAAGCCGGGGACAUGCAGUCCUGCCCAGAGAAGCGCUACGCCAUGGUCCUUUUCCGCAUCACCAGUGUUUUCUAUAUCCUCUGGCUGCCAUACAUCAUUUACUUCUUGAUGGAGAGCUCUGCUGGCUUCAGCAAUCGCACCGCAUCCUUCUUGACAACCUGGCUUGCCAUUAGCAACAGUUUCUGCAACUGUGUCAUUUACAGUCUCUCCAACAGUGUUUUCCAAAAAGGACUGAAGAGACUCUCUGGGGCAGUGUGUACCUCUUGUGUAAGGCCAACAGCAGCCAAGGACUCUUGUCCUAAGAGCAAAGGGGGUCAUGUCUGAAAUGACUUUCAGCAUGCUUGUGUUACUAGUGUUUCUUAGUUUGAAAAUUGGGAACAAAAAUCACAUCAUCUUAACUUCUGUGUUUGAAAGAAGAUUUUUCUGAGCAGUGUUUUGGGGUCCUAAUAAUUAAAACGAUAAACAUAAA